ACAUUCUUCUGCUUCGGCAUUCGUCUUUAAAAAAAACGUCAGCUUGCCAGUGAUCACGUGCCUUGUUUUUCUCUCAUCGGAAUUCGCAUCUGUUUUUCUUCCUCACUCAAUAUACCGUGACUCUCAUUAAUGUUUACUGAAAAGGCGGGACCACGGGAUCCAUCUGGAUCCAUCUCUUCCUACUUUAUGGGUGAGCAUUGCCCACUUAAAUCAAGAGCUCUUCGUCUUCUUCCUCUUCACUCCUCUGCCUCUUUGAUUUUGUUGGAGACCUUGUAGUAGUGGAGAUGGCCGUCGAGGAAUUGGAAUUGGCGAUGAAACCGACGGUGGUGCUGUAUCCCAUGUCCGGCAACGGACAUCUACUCCCCAUGGUAGAGCUUGCCAAGCUCUUCCUCCGCCACAAUUUCGCCGUCGCAGUGGUCCUCAUGCAGUUCCCCAUCAAGCACCCUUCUCUCGAGUCCUUCAUUGCCUGUGUCUCAGCCGCCCACCGAUCCAUCUCCUUCCACCAGCUCCCGCCGCCUGAUUCUGACGACUCCUUCACUGCUGGCGUUUCCGCCAGCUUACCCUCCAUACCCAUGAUGCUCGACAGCGUACGUCGCAACAACCAUGAGCUCCUUCGUUUCCUCGCCGCCUACCGCUUGGAAAACGAUGUCCGCGCCGUCGUCCUCGACUUCUUAUGCACCGACGCUCUCGACGUCGUCGUCGCCGCCGAGCUCGGCAUCCCAGCCUACUUCUUCUUCCCCACAUGCGCCUCCGCUCUCGGCUCCCUGCUCUACUUUCCCUCUCUUGAGUUCACAGAUCUCGGCCUCGGUGAGCUCGCAGAUACACCCAUCCACUUCCCUGGGCUGCCCCCUAUUCCCGCCUCCGAUAUGCUCAGCAGAGAGGUUAUAAAUUGCGCUUUGGAGUCUUAUGAAAGUUCCAUAAAAAAGAUUGCCCGGCGGAUCCCGGAUGGUCACGCCAUCCUUAUCAACUCGUUCGAGUCGCUCGAAGCAGAGGCCGUUAAGGCUCUUCGGGAAGGGGCGUGCCUUCCCGGACGCCGGAUGCCAAAUGUCUAUUGCAUCGGGCCGCUGAUCAUGGAAGGGAGCAGAGGAAAGGAUGAAACAAAAGCAAAGUGCAUGGCGUGGCUGGACGCACAACCACGCGAUAGCGUGUUGUUCCUCUGCUUCGGCAGCAUGGGUUCGUUCUCCGUGGAGCAGCUCAAGAAGAUGGCCGUUGGCCUCGAGAGAAGCCGACAACGAUUUCUUUGGGUCGUGCGGGCCCCUAAGGAUCCUCCGACGCCGACGUCUGAGCUGGACCUUGAUGUUCUGUUGCCGGAGGGAUUCUCUGAGCGGACGAAGCACAGGGGGAUGGUGGCGAAGUCGUGGGCGCCGCAGGUGGAGGUGCUGAACCACGAGUCGGUGGGAUGCUUCGUCUCGCACUGCGGGUGGAACUCGACAUUGGAGGCGAUCUCCGCCGGAGUGGCGAUAGUGGCGUGGCCGCUGUACGCGGAGCAGAGGAUGAACAAGGUGUUCUUGGUGGAACAGAUGAAAUUGGCGGUGGUGAUGGACGGUUAUGACAAAGAGAUGGUAGAGGCUGAAGAGGUGGAGGCGAAGGUGAGGUGGGUGAUGGAGUCAGAGGGAGGGAGGGAAUUGAGGCGGCGUGCGGCGGCGGCUAAAGAGACGGCGGCAGAGGCGUGGAGUGCAAGGGGGUCGUCUCAACAGGCGUGGCUGGAAGUAGUCAGAACCUUGGAGAAGCAGAUCUGAUUCUGAAUGCUAUGGAUUUGCAUGUAGUAUCCAAAGAUGCUCUGUCAUUAUUAGAGCUGGCAAAUUAACUUUUUAUAUAAUGUUUAAAUUGGCGUGCCUAAAAGAUAUUAUAUAUCUUUAUAAUGGCAUAUUUAAAUA